AUGGUCUGGGUAAACCCCCUAACCGGCAAGAAAGAAUUCCAGGGCCACGGGAUCUGUGUAAGGAAACUCUACCUGCGCAGUUCUCCGGAUGAGAAACCGCGCGUGGUAGAGGACAUUGGAGAGAUCUGCAAGUUCAUCUUGGGCAUCCAGAAUCGGAUUUUGAGACCGGAGUACAUCCCGCUGGCUCCGGCAGAAGGCGACGUGGUCAUCUUGGAUAACUACAGGCUGUUCCAUUCCGCCGUUGACCAUCUGCUGGAGCUGGGGUCUCGAUCUAUGCAUCAGGCAAGUAUUGGAGACAGUGUUGGUCCGAAGGGGCCAGUGCUGAUUGACGUGUCUACUUAG